AUGUUGGUGAGUUAUCCGGAGUUACGACGGGAUCCAGGACCUAUGACAACUUCAACGCCGAACAAAGAGCUCACUACCAAUGAAAGAAUGAUACACAGGACAAUACCCAAUGGAAACGGUUAUCCUGGUGCUCAGGUGAACGGACAGACUGAAAAUUCUCAUAGUUGUCCUACCUCACCAGUCGAUAGUUCAGCUCACCUUCUCUCCACUCCCAUCAGAGAGCCGGAAGUAAGCAGUUCCAGUUCUUUCGCUACCGACGGUAGGGAAGGCACCAUGGCUCCAACGAUGAACUCUAAUCAAUCACUCACGAAACCAGUGGUAACGCAAACGGACUCCCUGCAAACAACGAAGUCUGGACAUAGAAACCUCAGACGCAAGAUGCCUCAGGAGACUAGCAGCCUAAAGCAGCGUCUUAUACUUGCGUUGGCUAACAUGAUACCACACAGGGAGAGUCUCACCUUACGCCUGCUAAUAAAUUAUACCAUUGAUGAUCAGAAUAGCGAAUGUCUUGUAAUCGAUGAAACAUUAUGUCGAGGAUCACCGUCACUUGAAAAACAAGCCAGACUGGAAGACACCACUCACUCGGACUCCGGCUGUGCUGCAGACGAUGAAGAGCAGGAACCGAAACGAAGACAGUUAAGUAGACCGUCCAGAGAGACCCAUGUUUUGGAUCUGUCAGUGCAUUCUGACAGGGACGAACUUGAAUUAGAGGAAGCGAUGAACACGGAGCCGGAGGAUCCUGCUGAAGAAGACCAUACAGAUUCACGAGACAGUUCUCCAUCUGCUCUCGGAACGGAGAGUCUCACCUUACGCCUGCUAAUAAAUUAUACCAUUGAUGAUCAGAAUAGCGAAUGUCUUGUAAUCGAUGAAACAUUAUGUCGAGGAUCACCGUCACUUGAAAAACAAGCCAGACUGGAAGACACCACUCACUCGGACUCCGGCUGUGCUGCAGACGAUGAAGAGCAGGAACCGAAACGAAGACAGUUAAGUAGACCGUCCAGAGAGACCCAUGUUUUGGAUCUGUCAGUGCAUUCUGACAGGGACGAACUUGAAUUAGAGGAAGCGAUGAACACGGAGCCGGAGGAUCCUGCAGAAGAAGACCAUACAGAUUCACGAGACAGUUCUCCAUCUGCUCUCGGAACGUUACUACCUGGUAGUGCAUCAACAACUACUACUGAGGCGAUCGAUACGCACGCUCUAAUUAAAAACUUUCCCUCAGGUCCAACUGCAUCACUGAAUCCACUGUUAAUCCCAAAUCUCACUUCUGGACAGUCCAACAUGCCAGCAAUCUUUACAACUUCGAGUCUUCCUUUGGUUGAUUCCUCGGUUUUGGCUCUUCUUCCUUUGCUUCAACAGCAGCAGCAGCAACAACAACACCAACAGCAACAACAGCAACAUCAGCAACUUCAAAAUCGUCUGCUUGGACAGACAAGACUCUUCCCCCAGUCAGAGCCAAAUAUGUCAAGCACACCAGUAGCUUCACUACCCGCUGAAACGGCGGAAACGAUCUUGUUCAAGGAAUUUCAGGCAUUGCUGCAAGGUAACAGCAACAACCUCUUGUCAUCCGCAACAACAGUGGCAACCCCAACGUACACAACUGCUCUUAAUGGAAUUGUCAAUAAUAAAGUUACAGUCAUGAAGUCGACCGAACCGGUUCCCUGUGUAUCGAACACUACCUCUGUGAAUCUGUUGAACACAUCUCUCCACAAUCCUGUUAGCAGUACCCCAUCCCUAGUCAGUUUCCCACUUUUUAAUGCAUUUACCCCAGAUCAGCUAACCGCCGUUCAAGCUCUACUUCCACCAGGACCCUUCGUGAACAAUUCAGCGUCAGCAGCUCCUAAUCUGGCCUCGUUGAAUUUGGGAUCAGCCACGUUGUUUAAUUGGAAAGACAGGCAGGUUGGCCUGGAAACCUUAGGUGUCGUACCAGCCUCCACCAACAGACAACUCACGCAACCGGUUGCAAACCUGUUAAACCACAUCAGCGUACCACAGGCCACUCCAAUCUCAUUACGCGCCCUAUCCACUCUGUCUCAGCUGUUCAACGCCAAUGUGGACCAGAGUGCGUUGAAGAACAAAAAUACUUCCAACGACAACGAAUCAAAACUCACCGCGAACUCACCAACCACCGGUGCAAGCGAACGAAAGCCUGGGACUCAGCUUCUCGACCCUUCGUUCACCGGCACAACUGCGAGGCCACCCAAUGUGACCAUAGUCACACCCUCUCGAGACAUUGGAAUCACGCAGCCACAGACUGAUAGUCUGGUUCCGGUGUCUGAACAAGACUUGGGCGAUAGUAGCCCAUUGAGCGUGAACAAUUCGGCAGGCACCAAUGGGGGCUAUAGCUCAAACCAAUUCAUGUUUGGUCGUCGUCUGGCUCAUACGCGACGCUUUAUCUGCAACCAGUGUCGAAAGAACUUUGCUUCUCUGGCCGAACUGAAUCGGCAUACUUUAGAGGCACAUACUUCAUUCAAGUGUACCAUCUGUUCCGCACAUUUCACUCAGCGUUCAAAUCUCCAACGUCAUUCGUUGAAGCACGUGGGUUUCAAGCCGUUUACAUGUAAUCUGUGCAAUAAGGAAUACUACAGGAAGGACCAUUUGGUACGUCAUAUUGAAGUGACACAUCCGAACCACGACCCAAAAAUGAAUAUCACCGUACACUUGACAUCCUCCGAAUGUUUGGACUAUUUAGACCGAAUUCAUGCUGGCAGAGCAUCCCCGUCUUCGGAAAACCCCGAUGAAUCAUAUGAGCACGCUCCCGAAGCCACAGACAUUCCGGAAGGCGAGGAAUUAAAAAGUGAGGGACCGAUGGUAGAAUCGUGUGAAGACAAUCUGGACGAUGCGGUGACUCAAU